AUGCUAUGCACGCACGCCACACCCUACGCUUUUCCCCCCGUUUGCUUCGGGCACCCGGACGGCCAGACGGACUUGCCGCUAUUUGUGAAAUUGGAGAAUGUGCCCGAAAGCGAGCUGAUUACGUCGCCAGGCUUUGCGAGAUCCGUGAAAUGGUUCUACUCCAAGGGGGUGAGAUGCCACGCCUGGCUGUACGUUCCGACGGAAAAGGGCGAGAGUGCAGAGGCCGGACGCCUCCCGCCUAUCGUGCUCAUGGCGCACGGCAUGGGCGGCCAAAAGGAUAUGGGCUUGGGCAAAUAUGCGGAAGCCUUCACGGAACGUGGCAUUGCCACUCUGGUCUUCGACUACCGCACGUUCGGCGGGAGUGACGGAAUGCCCAGAAAUCUGGUCGAUCCCUGGAGGCACGUGGAGGACUACAUUGCGGCGCUCGACUACGUCCGCGGGCCAAGUCUGGCCGACGUGAUCGACAGCUCGCGCGUGGCCUUGUGGGGCACCUCCUUCGCUGGGGGUCACGUGUUGAACGUUGCUGCGGCUGAUGACGUCCCUAGCCGCGUGGGAGACAUCCGAGCGAUCAUCUCGCAGGUUCCCCACCUAGACGGCCGUGCAGCCAGCAAGAGGAGCUUGAAGAUGCGAGGAAAGGCUGGUGCCUUGAAGAUGGCGGCGGCAGCAAUCGGUGACAUGCUCAGGGGUCUCCUAGGCAUGCAGGCGAGGUACGUCGGUCUGGUGAGUACCCGGGAGGAAGUGGCCCUCAUGCAGCUCUCGGAGGAUGAACGCGACAACUACUUCGCAAAGCACCCAUCAAAAACUCUUGGCGGGUGGAGGAACCAGGUCUGCGCCCGCGUCGGAGCAAUGGUGGGAAUGUACAGCCCGAUCAAGGCUCUCCCCAAGGUUCGGCCGCCGAUUCUCUUCAUCGCGGCGGAACACGACCAGCUGUGCCCGGUGGGCACGGUCAGGGAAGCGGCGGCGCAGGCGAUCAACGCGAAGCUGUCCAUCCACGACAAGACGCACUUCGACAUCUACUUGGGGGACACUCUGCAGGCGAUCCUGAAGGAUAUGGGCGACCACCUAGAGGAGCACCUUAAGCCGUGAAACCGUUGCGGAAAUGAUCGUGACAGGUUCGUGUGAAACUUGGCUUGUUCGCAGCACCCCGAGCCAACAAAUAUGGAUAGAGGGCGCCUGCAAGUCUUCGAACCGCGAAUAAUCACAGCCGUCUUAUUCAAGGGGGACCUAACCCCCAGUGGCGGAGUCAAGUCACGGAGGAAGCACACCAAUGCGUGACGCUCUCUCAGCGAGUCCUUCUUUUUUUUGUGGGAGAAAAACAAGUUGGGGUGAAUCGGUAACUGGACGGGGGAAGGUGGGGUUGUGUGUAUCCGCCACGAAUGCGAUGUGAAUGCGUUCAUUCGGGGUCUGCAGUUUGUUCUCUGUCGGGAUGCCUGUCUUCGCCAGAGCCGUCGCAAGAAUAUUUCAUUGAUACUGUUCCCUGCCGGUGAGCGAUUACACUGUCACGUGACGCCGUCAUUGCAACCCCCCCACCUUUGCCUUAGGGUUAGGGUCAGCCGUAGGUGAACAACAGGUCGUCGCAAGCGAAAUGCGAUUGGCUUUUUGAUCGUUGUUCGUCAAACCAGCGCGCCGAAGGCUGCCACGAGCUACUGCUGUGCUAUAAUAGUCCCCCCUAUUGCAUUGGCACAGGCUGAGAGAGUUCCUGAUAAAAUCGUGAGUCUGGUACCUUGUCGCCGAGCCUAUCGUGGGUACCCCCACGCCGCUCAUUGGAUGGGUGUAAUUUGGACGUUGAUCGUGCGGGGCGAAGGGGCAAUACGGGGAGCUCAAAAAGCUGGCGAGAUCAGUGUAACGUGAAAACCAUUUACAAUGAGCACGUGGCGGUACAUGCGUGCAUUGAUUGGAGAAGACACGAACAUUCUCCGGCCUAUGGAGCACAUUACGCCGUAGGAAGAAUCACCAUGAUCGUCCUGUCUAUAUUGUAGUAGUGGUGAAGUUUGCUCGAGCCUAGCGUCCAGAGCUUGCCCCAGAGGAGGAAAGUCAAAUCAUAGCUAUAUUGUUUCCGUGGCGUAGAUCUGGCCUUCUUAGCACGAAGCAGCAGGUCUGCCUCCCCUUGCCGUGUUGUUGUCCCGAUGACCAUGCGAAAGGCGCCCAGCCCGUGCCUGGUGCUUACCAUGACGAGGUAGGGAGGGAUCGGAUUUCCUAGUCACGUGUGACUUGGGUUCCGUGGUGUGGUGGUCGGCCAUCCUGUCGCUGUAGUUGGAGCGUGCGCACGAUCUUGUUGAUACCUUGUGGGCAUCGCCGAGCAAAUGGCGAUUGUAGAAGGGGGAUGGCGGUAAGCUUCCCAAUUCGGUUGACUUCCUUCCCUGGUGAUAUCUGAUGUGGGUGUCUUUAAGUGUGUUUGUCGUUUGGUGUGCUGUAGUGUAUUCUCGUCCAUUAUGUCAUGUCCUCACUCAAGUGGUGUGCUCUUGGGCGCUAGUAUGACUGGGUGGGGGGUAGCUUGAGGCCGGGAGAGAUAACAGCACGGUUAUCAGCAGGGUCAGGCAUGACUUUCUCGAGCAAAAUCUUGCGACCGUCCAGGUGGUAGCUUCGAGUCUGCUCGACGGAUAUGUUUUU